GCAAGAACAGGCAAUUUACAGUCUAUAUAUACACACACAAACGCCGGCCGACGAUCAGUCGAUCGUCUGUAAUCUGUAUCUCAACAAUAUUCACUUUCUGUUAUCAUUAUUUCCGUACUUCAGCAAGGUAAAAAUGCCUCCCAAGAGAAAAGCACCCGCUAAGGCCAAGGCCGGAGGAAAGAAGGCCAAGGCCAAUCCCCCAGAAGAGGAAGACAAGCCCCAAACCACACAAGACGUCAUCGCUAAACUUAAGGCCUCAGAAAACAAAUCUGGUUCCAAGAAGAAGAGAAAAGUCGACGCCUUUGUGCCCCAGGCGGCCAGUUAUGAGGUAUAUGAGGAUUAUGAUUGUAUGCUGAACCAAACAAACAUCGGUCACAACAACAACAAAUAUUACGUCAUUCAAGUCCUGAAUAGACUUGGCAGUUUUUAUGCCUGGAAUCGUUGGGGGCGAGUGGGUGAGAGCGGUGCCAAUGCAAUGAAAGGCCCAUUUAGUACAGCAGACGGUGCCAUCAAGGAUUUCACCAAAAAGUUCCAGGACAAGACCAAAAACAAGUGGGAGAAUAGGGACUCCUUUACUCCGAUGAAAGGGAAAUACACGAUGAUUGAAAUGUCUUUGGAGGAUGAGGACGAAGCAGAUGCCCCCGCUGAAGUUAAAACUAAGUCUAAAGGGCCGGCAAUGAAAUGUACACUCGACGCACCCACCCAGUCCCUUCUGAGGCUCAUCUUUGACCAUGAUAUGUUUAAGGAUGCUAUGAAGAGUUUUGAUAUUGACGUGAAAAAGAUGCCAUUAGGAAAAUUGAGCAAGACGCAAAUUGCAAAAGGAUUCGAAGUCCUAGAAGAGCUAGAAAAAGCAAUAGAUUCUAGAAAUAAUUCACAAAUGAUGGCACUAUCCUCCAAAUUUUACACUGUAAUUCCUCAUGAUUUUGGGAGGAGAGUUCCGCCUGUCAUGAAAACGCUUGAAGACGUUCGCCAGAAAUAUGACAUGCUGUUGGUUUUGGGUGACAUAGAAAUUGCACAGACUCUUGAAAAAGAGAGGGAAAAGGCUACCACGGACUCUGGGAAACAGCCCGAUCCUUUGGACGUGAACUAUGGUCUCCUGAAAUGUGAACUAAAACACCUAGACCCCAAAUCUAAGGAAUUUAAGGUUUUGGAAACUUAUACAAAGGAGACCGGAAAUAAAGGGGGCUGGAGAACUCCUAAGAUAAAACACAUCUGGUCCAUGCGGAGAGAGGGUGAGGAAAAACGAUUUAAACAACAUGAUAAGGUUACCAAUCGAAAACUCCUGUGGCACGGAACUAAUGUGGCGGUGGUCGCCGCCAUCUUAAAAAGUGGUCUGAGGAUUAUGCCUCACAGUGGGGGGCGUGUCGGAAGCGGAAUCUAUUUUGCUUCGGAAAACAGUAAAUCUGCAGGAUAUGUGCGUUGUGCGGGUAAAACUGGUAUAAUGUUCCUGAAUGAAGUAGCACUAGGAAAAGAGCACCAUAUUCUUCAUGAUGAUUGGACGUUAAAAGCAGCGCCCUCGGGGCAUGACUGUAUCAUCGCUAAAGGAUGGACAGAGCCUGACCCAAAAAAGAACACAACAAUAAAACUGGAUGGUAAGGACGUAGUUGUACCUCAGGGGGUACCUAUCUCAGUACCAGAGUACGCCAACAAGAGCAGCUUUUCCCAGAGCGAGUAUUUAGUUUAUAAGGAGAGCCAAAACAUGAUGCGCUAUCUAGUUAUGGUGGAUUUCUAGAACCCGCUGUAAAAUACAUACAUAGUUCAUCCUGGUAUUCGACAGAGGAGAAUGUGAUAUACAUGUAAUUGGGAUUAUACAUGUGGGUGUUUGAGGCAUUUUUUGACAAAAUAGUGGAAAUACUUCAAAUAGAGAGUGUAGUACUAGUAUAUAAGAAAAUAGAGAUUUGUCUGCGUUUGAUCAUACAGGUAGUAUAUUGUCUUAUUCCAGUAUCCGCUGUUUAAGUCUAUGAAGAGAAAUUCCUUUUUCUUAAAUUUUAGUGUUGAUUUUUUGUUCAUGUUUAGAUGUUUGAUAGUUUUGUUGUUUGAUAAUAUAUGCCAAUGCAAUCAAUUUAUGUAUUACUUGUAUAUAAUUGUUGCUGCUUAAAUCUAGACCCAUGACAAAAAUCACUCCACAUCAUUAUGAAAAUCAAAACUAAGGAAGGCAGUGUGACAGUGUACAUGUACGGUAUUUACAUAUAGGGCACCACGAGAUUUAACUGUAUUUUAAAGAAGCAUUGUCAAUUUAUGUCAUAUCACUUGAGAAAGUCAUGUGUUUGAUAAAUGUAUAUUUUAUAUAUAUCUUUUAAAGAAAUAAAUUCUUGGUUUAGUCUCUAUUGUAAAUGAAAUGACUAAUAGUAUGUAACUAUAGAAAACAUUAUUAUUAUAUAAUUGCGUUUCUUUUUCAGUAUAAUUUCAAAAAUUGUUUUGUUUUUUUCCCCCUAGGUCAGGGGAUACAGCUAGUUUGACUGGAUGUUAAAGGUUAAUGCAUUUUUUUUAUUUUAAUCUGUUUUUUAAUUUGUUUUUAUAUAUCUACAUUUUUAUAUUUAUGUAACAUUGAGAUUUUUAAAAUUUAAAAGUACUCAAUUUUAGACUGAAAAUUGUUUUUAUUAAAACAUAAGUUUUGAAAUUUAUAGGUAUACUGUUUAAAGAACACAUAUUCAUUUGCUGAUGCAGUUGUGUUUUUUAA